AGGAGGAGGAGGAGGCGCAGGCGGUGGGAGGCGGAGGAGGCGAGGCGAGGAGGAGGAGGCGCAGGCGGCGGAGGAGACGCGGAGGAUGAAGUGGAGUGUCCGGGGAGCCUGCGCCGCGCUCUCCAGCUGCCUCCUGCUCGCCUGCGCGCUGAGCGCCGCCGCCGUGGGCCUCAAGUGCUUCUCGCUGGGCUCCGAACUCAAAGGGGACCCGUUCCGCCUGGGCACCGCCGCCGGCGCCUUCUACUCGGGGCUCCUGCUGGCCGCCGGUCUCUCGCUGCUGGGCUCCGCGCUCUUCUGCUGCCGCCCGCCGGACGACGAGGGGGCCGGCGGGGUGCACCGCCAAGGGCACGCGAGAAGCGAAGUCGCGGUGGUGCCGGUCGCCGGAGACGCUCAGCCACAGUCCCAGCCGCUGCCCAAGGCGCCCCCCGGCGGGCGGCAGAACUUCCUUUUGCUGGGGGUCUUGGUCUUCAUGCUGGGGGUGCUGAGCGCCUUUGCCGGGGCCGUCAUCGACGGCGAUACGGUGUCGCUGGUGGAGAAAAAAUACUCGCACUACUGCCUCCUGCAGGUCGGCGGGGGAGGAGGGUCAUCGGCUCGGGCGCGGCCUGCGGGGGGCCCCGACGGCGCGGCGACGGCGCUGUUGCUGCGCUGCCAGAAGCUGCGGGACUAUCAGCGCGGCUUGGUCAUCUCCACCAUCUUCAACGCCCUCGAGUGCCUGCUGGGUCUCCUCAACCUGCUCUUGGUCAAGAACUACAAAGCGGCGCAGCAGCGAGGUCUGCGCCGACGGCGGCGUUGCCGGCAGGAACAGCGCCUUGCGGGCAGCCGUCGGAGACGGCGGCGGGGGGGCGGCGGCGGGGGCGGGGGCGGCUCUGGUGGCGGGCGACGGCCUCAGCGCCAAAGCCAGGGCUCGAUCUUCUCCAGCGAGGACCCGGACCUGUCUCCGGGGGGUGAUUGCGCCUUCCAGGCCGUCUCCUACAUCAACGUCGGCGUCUUCCACGUUUUCGACGAGGCCGGGGUGGAGGUACACUGUGGCGGGCACCCUUCCAUCGAGUUGCCUGGGUAUUCACCCAUGGACCCCGACCUCAAUGCCUCCUACCCCUACUGCUACCCGCUGCCCAGUGAGCAGCCUCCUGCCUACGAAGAAAUCUACCCCAGGGAUCCCUGUGCCAACCGCAUCUAAGCCCUGGCCAGGCCCCUUUGGCAACCGCCUGCCCUGCCCCUCAGCCUGCUGGACUGAAAGGGGCAGAAGAUGAACUUGGGCAAAGGGGGCAAAGCACAGAGGCCUAAUGGGCAGGACCAAUAGCACAAGGUGAGGCCAACCCCGCUGUUUGCCAGGACCCUACCCAGAAGCUGCCAAAAAAAGGUAGACCCCAAUAAAUGUCUAGAAAUGA